AAUGGAUCCCAGAAUCCCAGAAUGAAUCCCGGAAUGGAUCUCGGAAUGGAUCCUGGAAUGGAUCCCGGAAUGAAUCCCAGACUGAAUCCUGGAAUAAAUCCUGGAAUGGAUCCUGGAAUAAAUCCUGGAAUAAAUCCCAGAAUGGAUCCCAGACUGAAUCCCAGAAUGGAUCCUGGAAUAAAUCCCAGAAUGAAUCCCAGAAUGGAUCCCGGAAUGGAUCCUGGAAUGAAUCCCAGAAUGGAUCCCGGAAUGGAUCCCAGAAUGAAUCCCAGAACGGAUCCUGGAAUAAACCCUGGAAUAAAUCCCAGAAUGCAUCCUGGAAUGGAUCCCGGAAUGGAUCCUGGAAUGGAUCCUGGAAUAAAUCCUGGAAUAAAUCCUGGAAUGGAUCCCAGAAUGGAUCCUGGAAUAAAUCCCAGAAUGGAUCCCAGAAUGAAUCCCGGGAUGGAUCCUGGAAUAAAUCCUGGAAUAAAUCCCAGAAUGGAUCCCGGAAUGGAUCCUGGAAUGGAUCCUGGAAUAAAUCCUGGAAUAAAUCCCAGAAUGAAUCCCGGAAUGGAUCCUGGAAUAAAUCCUGGAAUAAAUCCCAGAAUGCAUCCUGGAAUGGAUCCCGGAGUGGAUCCCGGAAUGGAUCCUGGAAUGGAUCCCAGAAUGAAUCCUGGAAUGAAUCCCGGAAUGGAUCCCGGAAUGGAUCCCGGAAUGGAUCCUGGAAUGGAUCCUGGAAUAAAUCCCAGAAUGAAUCCCGGAAUGGAUCCUGGAAUGGAUCCUGGAAUGAAUCCUGGAAUGGAUCCUGGAAUGGAUCCCGGAAUGGAUCCCGGAAUGGAUCCCGGAAUGGAUCCUGGAAUAAAUCCCAGAAUGAUUCCCGGAAUCCCAAAAUCCCAGAAGGAAUCCCAGAAUCCCGAGGGAAUCCCGGCUGUUCCUCUGUGAAAAACGAGAUUCACAUAAUUUUUGAAUAGAAAUUAAAAGUUUAAUAAAAAUAACAAUUAAGAGAUAAAAAUUGUGAAA